CUACCCCCUAGGACGGAAUGCCAGCCUAGCACGCCGUGGUAAUGGCAGCCGUUGUUCAUCAAAUACUGAUCAUUUUUUUCUGAUAAAAAAAAUACUGAGCAUUUCACGGGUUAAAACAUAUCAACGUGUCGGCGCGCGCCGCCGAUGGCGUUCUUCUCGAACCCUCUGUCUCUGAGCGUCCCAGAGCCCGCCUUCGAGACGUGGCUUCGCGAUACCGGCUACCUCGAAAUCCUCGACGAGCGCACCGCCGCCGCCUCCCUCGACCCUUCCCCUUCCUCCUCCUCCGAUCUUCUCCGCUCCCGAAUCACCGCCCCCGGCGGCGCCGCCACCACCGCCACCUCCACUGCCGCCUCCUGGACCAGCACCUUCUUCCGAACCCUCUUCUCCCUCCUCACGCUCAACGCCUUCGCGAAGCUAACCCCCGAUGAUUUCUCCGGCCGGACCCCCUCCUGGACCCUCGAGUUCAUCGGCGGCGCCGAGUCCUACUCGUGGCCCGCCGGGCCCUCCCAGGCCCGGAUGAGAGUCCAGGAGAACGUUCGACGAUAUGCCCGGAACUACGCCUUCCUCUCCCUUCUCUUCUUUGCCUGCUCCCUGUACCGGAUGCCGAUUUCGCUCCUCGGUUCGCUAGCAAGUUUGGGUCUUUGGGAGCUGGUGAGGUUUUGCAGUGAUAGGUGGGAGCUGGAGACGCGGUACCCGAGUUUGAGGCAGGGAUUAGUUCGGAUCGCACAGUUUG